CGGCCGCCGGGCCGACCGGGCGCGCGGGGGCGGGGGCCGGCUGGGCGAGACCAGUUCCCGGCAAGGCCGCCGAGCCGAGGCCGCGCGCGGCCGGGAAGUUCCGGGGCGGCUGCGCGGAAACCGGCCGUUCGAGCCGGCCGGAGCGGCGGAGGCGGGGCGUGCGGCGGCACGAGCUCCCGAGCGCCGUGACAUGCCCUAGGGCGCGGCACCCGCUCUCGGCCGCCAUGGGGAAUGGGAUGAACAAGAUCCUGCCUGGGUUGUACAUCGGCAACUUCAAAGAUGCGAGAGAUGCAGAACAGUUGAGCAAGAACAAGGUAACACAUAUCCUGUCUGUCCACGAUAGUGCCCGGCCUAUGUUGGAGGGAGUUAAAUACCUGUGCAUUCCAGCAGCAGAUUCACCAUCUCAAAACCUGACGAGACAUUUCAAGGAAAGUAUUAAAUUCAUUCACGAGUGCCGGCUCCGUGGCGAGGGCUGUCUUGUCCACUGCCUGGCCGGUGUCUCCAGGAGUGUGACGCUAGUGAUCGCGUACAUCAUGACAGUCACCGACUUUGGCUGGGAGGAUGCCCUAAACACCGUGCGCGCAGGCAGAUCCUGUGCCAACCCCAACCUGGGCUUCCAGAGGCAGCUCCAGGAGUUUGAGAAGCAUGAAGUCCACCAGUAUCGACAAUGGCUGAAGGAAGAAUAUGGAGAGAGCCCUUUACGGGAUGCAGAAGAUGCCAAGAACAUUCUGGUACCUAUACGACGGAGACCUAAUGCAGCGGGAUCUGGUGCCUUCCUUCCCCCCACCUGUCUUCAGCAUGCUCCAGCCACGGUGGGGGACUGCAGGCUGCCGCUGCCCUCCAGGACUGGAAAGGGAGGAGGAACACCCUGGGCUCCUUGCCAGGUGACCCCCCAGCCUGCUCCAGGCCCGUUCACCCUGCCCCUACCUUGCCUGAGCUUGCUGCACUCGGUGCUGCUCAGCUGCCAUGCACUGUCCUGCAUGUGCGUGUGCGCACAUGUGUGAGUGCGUGUGCACCUGUGUGCAAGUGUGUGGUAAAGUGUCUGUGUGUGUGUGGACUCUGAAUGUUCGUACUGCUGAAAGUCAUGGUCCCUGCUGCCAGGAUUGCUGUGGCCCCUUUUCCUUUCCUCCGAGACUCCACAUGGAGGGUGUUUGAACUUGGCCUCUGAAAAGCUACUCAGCCAGGAGCAGCCUGUGCCUGUGAGCAGACAGUGGGGAGAGCUCAGGGGUCGAGCAGCUGAAAGCAGUGGCCUCCCCCAGAACCCAGGGUGGUACAGCCAGGGCAUAGGAGCUAGUUUCUUCCUGAGGGUAGUUCUGGGAGUCCUGGAGGCUUUGAGGGGUACUCUGAGCAUUGCCUCAAUCUUGGUGUCAGAGCGCCAGGCUGUGGGCUGCCUUCUGCCCAAAUCAAGGCCUUUUUCAGCUUGUCGUGGCCCUGAGUUCCACUUGGGGUUUGCGCUGGGUAAGGCUGACCAUGCUAGAGUUCCAGGGUGCCCUUCAGCCGGGGUUUUGGCAUGUACCCGAGACCCUGUUCUCCCCUCCUGUCCAGCUUCACUCCCUCCCAGCCUCUUGCUGUUGUCACUCUGCAGUGCCCCUUCUCAAGGUUUGAAUGCACCUGCAGGAAUUGGGAAGAAAGAGCAUUUAUUAGGCACUGUGGCCAUUUGCAUUUAAAAAUGCCUGAGCAUUUAAGCUCCUUGGUGUAUGCUGUGGAUUUGAUAUUUGAUCUCAGCUACCUCAGUAAAUGUUUUUUGAAGGGGUGUUUUUUGUUAUUCCAGUCAGCUCUGCUGCUUAUUUGAAAAUAAUCGGUCAUGAUUGCUUUUGAAGCCAAAGGGAAAGGCCUUAAUAUCAUUGAGCUAUCUAUCUAAAGUUUCCAGUUUGGGCUCCACUAGUGCUUCCUUGUGGGUAAAAUGUCCCAUUCAGGCCGUGAGAGCAUCUGCAGUUUGCAGCUCGGGGUGGCAGGCAUCCAGUGGCACUGUCCUUUAUAUACCAAUUCAAAGUUCUUAAGCAUGCAGAGCCACACGAAUGAAAAAAUAUACUCAACCUCUCCCUAAAAAGAUGUUACAACCCAGUUUCUCCAAAUUCCACCACAAAAAGAGCCCUGAAUAAGAAGAGCAGUUUUCCUGUAUAUAGGGUAUGUCAAAGGUGAGAUCUGGGAUGGGACUUGCACAGCCCCGGAUGUACACCAGGAAAGAAAACGGCUAUAGAAUCAUCAUGUACAGCCCGGCAAUUUGCCUAUAAAGUCCCUUCUUUUCCCUAAACCAAAAAGAAAUGUAAGCAUGUUAACAGAAAAAAGUAUUUAGGAUGUUAGCUUGAAUGCUUACAUAUGUGUGCACAUUUGUGAGCCUCUAAACAUGCUGUAGGUCUUGAAAUGUUUUAAUAUUUGUUGUCAGUCAUGUUCUUUCUUCACAGCAACUCCGAGGAUUCAGAAGCACUGGGU